AUGUUUACCGAAGGACUUGAUAACAAUGCCCUUAAGUGGGUAAGGGAGGGUUCCGAUAAGCAUAAGACAGAAGUGCCAUUAUCAGUCAUUAGCCAGAGGUCGAGAAUCGAUGCUUUCUCCAGUACAAGAACUGGAGGAAGAGGAGUUGGAUUGCCUCCACCAUCCAAGUUCAGGAGUGGACACUUAUCAGGAGUGAUUCCAGUGUCAAGAGUCAUCCCCGGUGAUCUUGAUGACAGCAGAACGGCAUCUGAUAAUGAUAUGUCCACUGACUCAGAAGAGGAGAUUUAUGGUGGAAGAUAUUCCCUUGACUCUUCGCCUCAGGAUGAUAGAGUUCCUACUAGAAGUAGUGCUUCUAGAUAUCGCAAUCCUGUGGCAGGGCCGGCUCCCCAAUAUGCCAGUGAUUCGCUGUAUUCAGAGGAUGUGAAUUCAUCGAGGGAAACACUAGGGAGAGGGCAGGGGUGUGUGGCAGACAGAUUGAUGAGGGGUGCUAACAGAUACUCUGUUGGAAACAGUACUUACACGGAGGAUGAGUCUUCUGAUUCUGCUGCCAGUUCUGAAUUUUCCACCACAUACAUAGGGAGCAACAAUGGAACUGCGCCGUCUACUAGAGGUAAUGUGUCACAAGGGCAUGGGUCUGGUGUUUCCCAAUUGAAGACGGAAAGCAUGGCACUGAAGAAUGUAAAUUCCAGAAAUUUGGAGAGCCAAAAGUUCUGUGAGGAAGAUGUUCCCAGUGCACCUCCAUUUUGUGGUCCUGGUGGAGAUAUUAAGCUGGACAGGGAGAAAAGUCAUGCCACAAAGACAGAACAUGUACCCUCCAUUGAACCAGAGAAAAGCUCUUUUGCAAGUAGGCCGUCUGUUAUUGGUCAACAGGAUGUUGUUCGAAAAGAAACUCAUGACUCAACAAUGAGGCCAGCUGCUGCAGAUGCAGAAAGUGGUGUCCCCUCCAGUACAUAUCCCUAUCGCCUUCCCACAUUUCAUGCCAUGGCACUAGGGCCUUGGCAUGCUGUGAUUGCGUAUGAUGCAUGUGUUCGUCUGUGUCUUAAUGCCUGGGCAAGGGGUUGCAUGGAAGCUCCCAUGUUUCUGGAGAACGAGUGUGCCUUGUUACGAAGUUCAUUCAAUUUGCAGCAAGUGUUACUGCAAUCAGAGGAAGAAUUAAUGACAAAGCGGUCUUCUGAGCUGCCUGCGGAAGGUUCUGCUGCUAAACCCAAGAAGAUGGUUGGGAAGAUGAAGGUGCAAGUGAGGAGGGUGAAAUUGGGCCAGGACCCACAUAAAGGUUGCACCUCUAUAAAUGCACCAAAAUUAAAGAUGGAAGCUGUCCGCUAUCAGAUCUCCAAUCUGCAGUCAGCAAUUUCAUCUGGUUGGCAUGCAGUUCGCAGAGUUCGCUUUGCACCUCGGGUGUUAAAGGGUUCUAUUUCACGCCAGAGCUUGGCAUAUGUUCAUGCUAGUACUCAGUAUAUAAAGCAAGUCUCUGGGCUUUUAAAAGUUGGUGUUGCAACAUUACGUAGCAGUUCAACUGCUUAUGAGUUACAAGAAAAAUACUCUUGUUUGCUCCGACUUAAAAGUUCCAGUGAAGAGGAUGCCAUCAGAAUGCAGCCUGGCUCUGCGGAGUCUCAUAUAUUUUUUCCAGAUGGUCUAGGCGAUGAUCUUGUCAUUGAUGUCCAGGAUUCAAUGGGGAAGCAUUAUGGCCGUGUAGUUGCUCAAGUAGCUACUAUUGCAGAGGACCCGGGCGAGAAGCUAAGGUGGUGGUGUAUUUAUCAUGAACCAGAGCAUGAAGUUGUUGGGAGAGUGCAACUUUCUGUUAACUAUUCCACAAGUUUGGAUGAGACUAAUAACCUUAAGUGUGGCUCAGUUGCAGAAACUGUGGCUUAUGACCUAGUCUUGGAAGUUGCAAUGAAGAUUCAGCACUUUAGACAAAGAAAUUUAGUGCUGCAUGGUGCAUGGAAGUGGUUGCUUACCGAAUUUGCAUCAUAUUUUGGGGUUUCUGAUGCAUAUACCAAGCUAAGGUACCUCGCUUAUGUUAUGGAUGUCGCCACUCCUACUGCCGAUUGUCUUGAAUUGGUUCACGAUCUGCUUCUCCCCGUUAUAAUGAAGGGUCAUAGCAAGACCACCCUUAGUCAUCAAGAGAACCGUAUCCUUGGUGAAAUUGAGAACCAGCUGGAACAAAUCUUUUGUCUUGUUUUUGAAAACUACAAAUCCCUGGAUGAAUCAUCACCGUCAGGGAUCAUGGAUGUCUUUAGACCAGCUACUGGUCAAGCAGCACCUGCGUUGAAGCCAGCUGUUAAACUAUACUCACUUCUUCAGGACAUAUUUUCUCCUGAGGCACAAAACAAGCUUUGCGGCUAUUUCCAGGUGGCUGCCAAAAAGAGAUCAAGGAGACACUUAACUGAGACAGAUGAGUACGUUAGUGGAAACAAUGAAGGGUUACUGAUAGAUGCUGUCACUGUUUCUACUGCCUACGGGAGAAUGAUAUCUUUAUGCAUGAAUAUCAGAAACGAAAUUUUCACAGAUAUAGAGAUCCACCAUCAAGAUAUACUUCCUAGUUUUAUAGAUCUGCCAAAUCUUUCAGCAUCUAUAUACAGUGCAGAACUCUGCAAUAGGUUGCGUGCCUUUCUUAUUGCAUGUCCUCCAGCUGGCCCUUCACCACCUGUAACUGAGCUUGUCAUUGCAACAGCAGACUUUCAGAGGGAUCUUGCCGGAUGGAAUAUCAAACCUGUCAAAGGCGGAGUUGACGCAAAGGAAUUGUUUCAUUUAUAUAUUGUUCUGUGGAUACAAGAUAAGCGCCUUUCUCUACUAGAGUCAUGCAAAUUAGACAAGGUCAAAUGGUCAGGAGUUCGGACACGGCACGCAACCACCCCAUUUAUUGAUGACAUGUAUGAUCGCCUCAAAGAGACAUUAAAUGAUUAUGAUGUCAUCAUUCGUCGCUGGCCAGAGUACACAUUUGUAUUGGAAAAUGCUGUUGCUGAUGUUGAGAAAGCAAUCGUUGAUGCUCUGGAGAAGCAGUAUGCAGACGUCCUAUCUCCAUUGAAGGAAAACCUUGCGCCAAAAAGAUUUGGUCUGAAGUAUGUUCAGAAGCUUACUAAGAGAAAUGUCACCGCAUAUGUAGUGCCUGAAGAGCUCGGCACUCUUUUGAACUCAAUGAAGAGAAUGCUGGAUAUUCUACGCCCCAAGAUAGAGCACCAACUGAAGUCAUGGGGUUCAUGCAUACCUGAUGGGGGGAACACAGCUCCAGGAGAACGCUUAAGUGAAGUCACUGUAAUGCUUAGAUCCAAGUUCAGAAAUUAUUUGCAAGCAGUGGUUGAGAAGCUAGUAGAAAACUCCAAAUUACAGGGCAGCACAAAGAUGAAGAAAAUACUGCAGGACUCCAAAGAUGCUAUGGUAGAAUCAGAUGUGAAGAGCAGGAUGCUACCCCUAAAGGAACAGCUUGCAUCCACCAUCAAUCAUCUGCACUCCAUCUUCGAAUCUCAUGUAUUCAUUGCAUGUUGUCGGGGAUACUGGGACAGAAUGGGGCAGGAUAUCCUAAGCUUCUUAGAGAGCAGGAAAGAGAACAGAGCAUGGUACAAGGGGUCACGGAUUGCUGUAUCUGUUUUGGAUGACACCUUCGCAUCACAGAUGCAACAGCUCCUUGGGAAUUCCUUGCAAGAAAAAGACUUGGAGCCUCCACGAUCUGUUGUUGAGGUGCGCUCAAUCCUCUGUAAAGAUGCACAAAGUAACAAGGGAAACUCAUUCUAUUACUAG